UUUUGUUCCUCCUCCCGGGGAAACGCUGCUGCAGGGACGGGGAGGGAAGGGAUUUCCUUGCAAAGUUUUGCAUUUUAAAACGUCUAUCCUCCCUUGCGUUUUAACUCUUUGAAAUCUACCCAUAAUUGCGGAUCGUCCGCGAAAGCUCCGCUGAAGAUAUCACCUCGCCGGCUGCGUUUUAAUGUGGUUUUAUUUGACGGGGGGGCGAAUUGAGAAAAAUUCAGAAUUCAGAAUUUCUUCCAUUUUAAAAAAAUAAAUCUUUUUUUUUUUUUUUCCACCCCCGACUCGUUCGUUUUGGAAAUCUUUUGGAAAAUUUAGAUUCCAUAUUAUUGGGGGAAAAAAGGGAAACGUAUUCGCAGCCGGGGGAAUGGUUUGUAGCUGUGAUAAGAUGUUAGCGCUGUAUGUAUACGAAUAUUUACUCCACAUUGGGGCACAGAAAUCCGCACAGACUUUCCUCUCGGAGAUACGUUGGGAAAAGAAUAUUACUCUGGGAGAACCGCCUGGCUUCCUGCACUCCUGGUGGUGUGUGUUCUGGGAUCUGUACUGUGCAGCUCCUGAUAGACGGGAAACCUGCGAGCACUCCAGCGAAGCCAAGGCCUUUCACGAUUAUAGUGCCGCGGCAGCACCGAGCCCCGUGCUGGGCAGCAUGACUCCCGGUGAGGGGCCACCAGGGGUCCCCCUGCCGCCCGGCUUCUUCCAGGGCCCUCCGGGAUCACAGCCAACGCAACACAGCCAGACUCCUCGACACAACCCCAACAACCCCAUCAUGGGACCCCACGGUCAGUCCUUCAUGUCUCCGCGCUACCCCGGAGGACCACGGAACUCCAUCCGAAUAACAGCGCAGCCUCCCAUAGGAGUGCCAGGGUCUCAGCCACUGUUGCCAAGCGCCAUGGACCCCGCGAGGCAGCAAGGGCACCCGGGUAUGGUUGGUCCGAUGCAGAGAAUGACGGCUCCUCGAGGAAUAUCAGUGAUGGGACCUCAGAAUUACGGAGGUGCAAUGAGGCCCCCGCCGAACUCUUUAGGAGGCCCUGGAAUGCCCGGAUUGAAUCUUGGUCCGGGCGGUGGGAGAUCGUGGCCAAAUCCACCCAGUGCUAACUCGAUACCAUACUCCUCCUCAUCGCCAGGCAGUUAUGUGGGCCCACCAGGGAGCGGACCACCGGGAACGCCGAUCAUUCCCAGCCCCGGAGAUUCCACCAAUUCCAGUGAGAACAUGUACACAAUGAUGAAUCCCAUCGGACCCGGAGGGAAUCGACCAGGGUUCCCAAUGGGGCCUGGAGCGGAGGGACCGCUUGGUGGAAUGGCGGGCAUGGAGCCCCAUCACAUGAAUGGAACAUUAGGUUCUGGUGAUAUUGAUGGAUUGUCAAAGAAUUCCCCAAACAACAUGACAGGGAUCAGCAAUCCUCCGGGAACUCCACGCGAUGACAGCGAGAUGGCGGGAAACUUCUUAAAUCCUUUCCAAAAUGAAAGUCAGUACUCGCCCAGUAUGACAAUGAGUGUGUGA